AUGGGUGGUGGCGGCGCUGCUGAACUCAAUUCGAACGUCUUUAACAAGACGUAUCGUCGCGCUCUUAUUUUCUGUGGUUGUGCUGUUAUCGGCGCCGUUCUCUACGGUUACGAUGGCACGUACUAUACCUCUAUUCUCGAUAUGGACAAGUUCGCCCUCGAUUACGGUGACGAACAGUCAGACGGUUCUUACGCCAUAUCUACGCGAGUUCGCUCGGUGACCACAUCUAUAGUGCAAGCCGGCGAGGUUGUUGGUGCGCUUGUCGCUGGUCCCAUCGGUGACUGGGCAGGUCGCAAGGGCGGUAUCUCCGCUGCUUGCCUCCUUGUCACUCUCGGUGUCAUCCUCCAGAUGAUCGUCGCCGGUUCCGUCCCAUUGCUUGCCACCGGUCGUGCCGUACUCGGUAUGGGCAUCGGUUGUAUCUCUAACGCCGUCCCACUCUACCUCUCCGAGAUUCCUCCCGUCGCUAUUCGUGGUUCCGUCGUCGGCAGCUGGCAGCUCAUGUUGGCAAUCGGUCAGGUUAUCGGUGCUUGUGUCGGUCAAGGCACCCACAAAAUGACCAACACUGGAGCCUACCGUAUCCCUAUGGGUCUCAACCUCGUCAUCGUCCUUUUGCUCUUCCUCGGCAUCUGGUUAAUCGCCCCCGAGUCUCCUCGCUGGCUCAUGUCCAAGGGUCGCGACGAGCAAGCUAUCAAGGCCCUGGAGCGCAUUAACGCCGACGCCGACGACGUCCAAACUGCCGUCGAGGAGCAAUACAACAUCUUCGUCAAGGCCAAAGAGGACGAGGAGCGCUGGACCAACAACGAGCCCUCAAGGUGGACCGAUCUUUUCCAUGGCACAACUAGGCGCAAGUUCCUCUGUGCCGUGGGUAUCCUGAUCGCUCAGCAGAUCGGUGGCGUCCAAUUCAUUUUCUCGUACACGACUACUUUCCUCGGUGAUGUUGGCAUUGGUGACCCUUUCACGAUCACGAUCAUCGUUGAUAUUGUCGAGGUUAUUGGUGUCAUCUGCUCGUUCUUCCUCGUCAACCGGUUCGGACGUCGGCCGCUCUUACUCAUCACGAGCGCGUUCAUGACCGCCUUCCUCAUUAUUGUUGGCGCCAUGGGCUCCCUGCACGGACACCGUACUAAGGCUCAAGACAACCUUGUCGCUGCCGGUAUCAUUCUCUACGUCUUCUUCUUCAACUUGGCAUGGGGUCCCCUCGCCUGGGUCGUCGCCACUGAACUCUCCGUCGGCAAGAACCGUCAGAAGAUCAUGUCCGUCGGUACAGCCUUUUUCUGGCUCUCCGCCUUUGUUGUUACCUUCACCAUGCCCUACCUCUACGACGCAACCGAGGCCAACCUCGAGGCGCAGAUCGGUUAUAUCUAUGCUGGCGGCUCGUUGAUCGGCAUGGUCUUCGUGUACUUCUGUAUCCCCGAGACCUUGGGCAGGAGUCUGGAGGAGAUCAACUUGAUGAUGGACGCGAGGAUUCCUACCCGCGAGUGGGCAACUUAUGACCUCCUUCGGGACGUCAGGCGCGAGGAGGAGUCGAAGAGGGAUGUGCAGCAUGUCGAAAAUGUUGACCGCACGAAGGAGCUCGACAGCCGCAAGGAGGUCGUAUAG